CAGGCUGUUGGAAAUCAGCUGAUCCACCGGCUGCACGCAAUUUGUUACGUCGUCUCCUGCGUUUUUUGGAAAACAAAUUGCGAUUUUUCAAUUAAAAUGUUGCCCAUUGCACGCGGAAUUUAUGGUGGCCUAGUCAACAUAACUCGGAAUAGUCGAGGAGCUCUUCACACGGCCAGUGCAUUCCGCUGCAAGGCGGAGACUUCCACUGCGGAUGCGGAAUCCCCUGAAGCCGAUGGCGAGGAUAACUCCAGCAGCUCCGCACCAGAUCCUAAGGAUCGCAGCAAGGUUAUCCCCGUAGAGACAUCGAUGCGGUACCUAAAGAGCGCCGCCUACAAACAAACCUAUGGCGAGGACUUUGUUUGGACACAAUAUCGGCGCAACCACAAGGGCAUGUAUGCGCCACGCAAAACCCGCAAGACGUGCAUCCGCCAGAACCGUAUAUCCACCGGGAAUCCAUGCCCCAUUUGCCGGGAUGAAUACCUGGUGUUGGAUUACCGCAACACGGAACUCCUUGAGCAGUUCAUCUCGCCCCAUAGCGGAGACGUGCUCAGCUACUCAAAGACGGGCCUGUGCCAGAAGACCCAUUUGCGUCUAAUGGUGGCCGUGCAGCAGGCUCGCGAUUCCGGAUACCUGACCUACGAUGUGCCUUUCAGGGAGUACGAUUACAGCGAGUACUACGGCCAGGAACAGAAGCAGAAAGCGUAAACACUAAUUGAGUACAUAUGUAUGUAAAUGGUCUUGUUGUUUAUUAAAUGAGUGAAAAGAAAUUAUAGUAAAUUAAGUAAAAGUGCC